GGACGGACAACAGCGCUGGCCGACGUGCACACGGCUCACACGUCCUCCUUCCUGUGCUGCCCUCCCCCAAUCCGUCCUCUUCUGUCUCAGCCGCACUGAUCUCGACCAUCUCUUCUGCGUGUCUCGAUCCUCCCUCAUCUGGAUCCAGCUGACAACUGCCGCCAGCAUGGUCGAGCUCGUGCCAUCGUGACAUCAGAAGCUGGAGAAGCUCCCCUGCUUUCCCUCCGUAUGCCUCUCCCGAUCCGACCGAUCUUUGCUAUCUAUCCAGCUAGCUGACCACCGUGCGGCUCGAUCACUCUCCGUCGCCUUCUACUCUUGUCUCUCCUGCAUACCGCACCGCAAAAAGUUGAUAGAGCAGUCAGUCCGUCAGGCUUAGUGCCGUAAUCGUAUUCCACUAGACCACCCACACACAUCCGCCUGUGUCCGCCUAAUCCCUCCCACCCUAUCAUCACACCUGUUCACCCACCUUCCGUCUAUCUGUCCAGACUAGCCAACUAGCCAACAAGCCGACCGCCUCAGCACGAGCUGGCCUUGACAUUCUUCCACCCACUUUCCCUCUCCUGCUCAAUCUUUUCGUUUCUUUCGCGUUAGACACAUCCACACAUACGCAGUCGAGCAAACCUCUCUCCCAAAAAAACAGCUGGAAACAAUCCUUCUGGACAAAGGAUGGCAAGCAUCGAUGCCGAGGGCAUCAGGCAGCGCCCGCAGGUGCUGGACGAAAAGAGUCCCGUCACGUCCACGACGGUGAAGGUGCAAUCGGAGAAGGAGGAAGUGCUUGCAAAGCAUCCCGGCGGCUCGGCGCAUGGCCCUCUGCUACAAGCCGCUCGCAUCGUCGCCCUGGUGGUGUACUUUAUGGGGAGCUGUGCCUGCAUGAACGCGACGCAAUUAAUCUUCUCGCCACUGUAUUUCUACGACAAGGAUCUUUACUAUGCGUGGAUGGCGGUGACCAAGCAGCACUUUGGCCUGCUUGCCGUCACCAUGCAGCAGUGGUGGUCACCGACGACGGUCCGGGUGAGCGGGGACAAGAGCGUGCAGCGCCAACUCACGCAGGUGAGCGAUGGACGGCUGGAAUGCGACUUCCCCGAGCGCAUGGUUCUCAUCGCCAACCACGAGCUCUACACGGACUGGCUUUACCUUUGGUGGAUCGCGUACACGGCAGACAUGCAUGGCCAUAUUUACAUCAUCCUUAAGGAAUCCCUCAAAUAUGUGCCAAUCCUCGGCUGGGGCAUGCAGUUUUUCUCCUUCAUUUUUCUGUCGCGAAACUGGACCAAGGACCGCCAGCGCUUUGCCCACCGCCUCGGCAAGCUCAAGCUAAAGCAUGGUCCGUCACAGUCCUAUAAGCCCAUGUGGAUGCUCAUCUUCCCGGAAGGCACCAAUCUGAGCCGCAACUCGCGGGCCAAGAGCAAGGCGUGGGCUGAGAAGCAGGGCAUUCCAGACAUGCAACAUGCACUGUUGCCGCGGAGCACCGGUUUGCACUUUUGCCUGCAGGAACUCGAUGACACCGUCGAGUGGGUGUAUGACUGCACGCUAGCCUACGAAGGGAUCCCACGAGGCCAGUACGGUCAGGAUAUUUUCACCCUCCGCUCGAUCUACCUGCGUGGCCUGGCGCCCAAGUCUGUGAACAUGUACUGGCGCCGCUACGCUGUGGCAUCCAUUCCUAAGGACCAAGCUGCUUUCGACGCGUGGCUCCUCGCACGAUGGCGCGAGAAGGAUGCGCUGCUUGAGUACUACAUGCAACACGGCCGAUUUCCUGCCCUGGAGGACGACGACGAAGAAAAGACCGUACCUAAUGGAGCAGGCAUGGCCAAGGAAGGGUCCAAGGGCGGCUGGAUCGAGACGGAGCUUAAGCCGAGAAGUCGAUUCGAAUUUCUGCAGAUCUUUAUUCCCAGUAUGACCAUCGUUCUGGUGCUGAAUCUAAUCCGGAAGUUCUGGCUGUGGUUGAACGUCGCGCUGUCUCUGAGGAGUUAGGGCCCCGAUGGUGAGUUUUGGCAUUAGGUCGAGAUUCUGCACACAACUGCUUUUGGCGUGCGAGCAUUCCAGGGAGCGUUCGAUCGCUUUUUGAGAGGCCCAUUCGCACGCCUUUUCAUCCCUUCGCUUCCCUCUAUUUCUUUACUUUUCCCUUUUGACAUUUGGCGUUGGCUCUUUUCCCCCUUCCGGUGUAUUGGACGGUGUUUUGUUCGUGAGCGUUCGAUACCCCCCUCCAUUUUCUAGAGGCUUAGAAUGGUACACCAUAGUUGCGCUCAGCUGGGUCAGACUUGAGACGAAUUUUUUUUUUCCCCGUCCUGAAUUGCAUGACUGCCUCGGAUUUUUGAGAUAAAGGCCGACGGGACUUCCAUAGAGGACUACGUACCAUAGCAAUGCCUACAUGAUCGAAUUUUAAUUCCUUCUGGCUUCA